AUGGAACGCUACCUGGAAAUGAUGAACGCCCCCUCAAAACCUGAACGGGACGAGCUUAGCGAAUCGCUUCUCGCGUUAGCUAAAACGUUCAAUAUAGAUCCAGAAGGAUGGAAAGAUGAAGAAACUCCUGAAGAAAGAGAAGAGCGCGAAAAAGAAGCCAGAGAAGCACCAAUCAAAGAUGCAGAGGAAAGAAAAAGAGUAGAGGAAAGUGUACAAUGGGAACGGAAAUAUGAAUGGAUGAGGAGGAAGGUAAAAGCGGUACAAGAAAAGGAAAAAAAGAGAAAGGAAGAGGAAAAAUUUAGCCCACAAGGAAUCGCAAAACAAAAUUUCUUGGACAUGAAAAUCCACGUAUUCAGAGCUGAUUUUGAGAUGAAGGAUAAGUCUGACCCGCCGCCGUUGCUCAUUACUUGCCAAGUAUUCCAAAGGUGUUUGGAAGUCAUGGCGAACAUGAUUGCCGACCAAGAAGAGGUUGGAAACGACCAUGCGGCAAAUAUUGGAGCACUGGAGUCAUCAGAACUGGAAAGAAAAAUUGAUGCAGAGGGAAUCAGGAUGAGGUUUGAUAUGAAGGGUCUCAGCGCCGCCGAAUAUCUCAAGAAAAAAGUUCUAGAGAUUUUGAAUAAUCGAAAAAUCCAAGACGUUUUCGAGGGAGACAAAGUCGGCUUUCAUCUUUCCACCCAAGACUGUUUGCUCGCACUCCAACAAUACUAUAGGUGCGAGGCUCUAAACGGUGACAAUGGCAAAUGCCCACUGAAGCUUUCUAUCCACAUUGAGAAGCUCAUCUGCGCGACAUUUGCUGUAAUGAGAUCAAAUAACCGUGAGUAUCAAAUGACAGCUUAUACAAAUGCAGUUAUCAUAAAUAACGCAAAAUAG